UAUGUUUGUGUUGUUUAGGAUAAACGAAAUAAAUACUGGUUAUGUAAAUAGCCUAACAACUACCUGAUGCCACUUUGGCAAAAUGGCUUCUGGAAAGAAUUACUUUGAAGAUCUUUUAUGUAAUGAUGAUGUCAUGCGACAUGGAUCAUUGGAUCGUCUCGUGGAUGAAAUAAAUGAAACCAAAGAUCGAACGAUCUAUAAGUUUCUCAGUGAUUCUGGAAGCGAAGAUUUUUUAUGGUCACUUGUCACACUGUUGUCUUCAUCAGAAACGAGAGUUGCAAGCAAUGCAGCGUAUGUUAUCGGAAGUCUCGCUGAGACAGAGCUUGGAGCUCAGAGAGUUUUAUCUCUCACUAAAGGAAGAAAAGCAGCUUCUAUUAUGAAGGACUUAACAAGGAUGUUAACAUCUGAUGAUCCAGAAUGUGUAAUAAAUGCUGCAGGAACACUGGGAACAUUGGCUGAAACGAAUGAAGGUCGCGGUUGGAUGAUUUGUCAACCAUGUAUCAACGAAGUUCUAACGAACAUUACAACGUUACUUGGUUGCGAAAAUAACUGGACGGCAUCUAAUGCUGCUUUGGUUUUAGCAAGAAUCACAAUAUCUGAAGAUGGUUGCCACAGUGUUUUAAAUCAUCCUAACUCUCCGUAUAUUCUUACAAGGUUAAUUCAAUCCCUGGGCAAUGAUGCAGCAGGUCGUGGAAUGAAUUCUGCGUUUGCAAUCGGUCGAUUACUUGACAUGGCUCCUGGAAAGAAACGGUUGUUGAAUUGUAAUGAAACAGAAAAAAUGAUAUCAACAUUGUGUCGUAUGCUUACAAAAGGAGACAUGGGUAGUGCAAAGAACGCCUGUUUUGCUGUUAGUUGCUUAGCAGCAGAUGGAGAUGGCAACCAACGUGUUCUUGGAAACAGUGCAUUUGCUGAUGUCCUUACUCGACUGUUGUUGCUGUUGGCCAAUGAAGAAGACAUUGAAGCUGCAUGGUUCUCAGCUAUGACACUUCGAACUCUAAGUUGUCACAAACAAGGUGUUUUACGGCUCCGUGAAAACGAACACGUCACAGUUGCCCUUCAAAAAAACUUGGAGAAAAGCACCAACUCAAAAGAGUUAAAUGAAGAGAUUAGAAAAACACUAGCGCUGCUAAAAAAACUUGACUGCCCUGAUUCUCCUGUGGUUACUAAUGUUUCUUCAAGCUGUGUUUCUUUAAGUUGGAAGAAAAUGGAAAUCCAGAGUGGUUUGGAGAUAACCUACAAACUAUACAAUGGUCAAAAGCUUGUUUAUAAAGGCAAGUCAACAGAGACAAGAAUUGAGCAACUUAUACCAAACACAACGCAUGGUUUUAAGCUACGAGCAUCAACGCUUGGCGAUGACAGUCCAUACAGUGAAGUGGUGUAUGUAACUACAGAUGAAGAUGUUCCUUCUGCUCCAUGUUGCCUUCGUGUGGUUGGUUCUACACCAAGUCAACUUCGAUUUAGUUGGAAUCCCCCGGAGUUUCCAAACGGAGUUUUAAGAGGAUAUUCUAUCUUUCUAGGUGACAAACUAAUGGAAACGACACCAGACUUAACGUACAUAUUCGGCCGGUUAAACCCAUCAACAACUUACAACAUACAUGUGUGUGCGAGUACUGCUGUUGGGUUGGGAGAGAAAGCUUCAAUAUCUGCAACCACACAAGAACUAGGUGCUCAUGCCCCUGGUCGACCAUCGGUCACUGUGAUUGGUCGAAACGAAGUCCAUGUGACCUGGAAUCCACCCGCUGUUCCACUCGGACGAUUUUUCCGAUUUGAGCUUCUUGCCAACAAAGACGUCAUCUAUUCCGGGACAAAUCGGGUUCAUAAAGCAACCAACUUAACCCCGGACACCGACUAUUCAUUCUCAGUAUGUGCGAUAACGAGUGAAGGUCGUUGUGAAGGUGAAGCAACCAAGAAACGAACUUUAAAAGAUAAAAGUCAAGUUGAACCAGGAAGACACAAACAUAAAACUCAUUCGUUCAAAGCAAAGGAAUUCCAAAUGGUGGAAAAAGCAAAAACUCAAAUUAAGAUUGACCGUCCGAAAAUUAAGAAAAAAUUGUCACUCGGACGACCGUCAUCUUGUGUGUCGUCGGUCUCGGCCAAAUCUAAAGAUGGUUCAGGGUCAAAGGUCGGGGAGGGAAUAUGGGCGAGCGAGACUUCUCCUAGUUCAGGAAAUUCCCCAGAAAUACCUGCUAGGAAAACAACUGCUGUGUUAACUUGUGGAAGUAAUAAGAGCAAACCACCAGCACCACCUAAUGGUCAUCUUUCAAUGUUUCUUCGGAAAACAAAAUCCGAAUAUCCGAUUCGAUCCAGGAGAUCUCUAGAUCCCCCGGUUUCCCAAAAAGUUUUAAUUGAACCCGUUUCCUGGGAUGAACUUUUAACAUCGGAUGAUCAACAGCAACAUAAUGUUCCACGAAAGCAAGUUCCUCAGAAGCAGAAGAUUAAAACGAAAUCUGACCUUCUAGAAACAGAAAAAUCUUAUAUAAACUUGAUUACAAAUAAAAACCCAAAUUUACCGCAAGUAACACAAGGCGAUAAGCAACGUAGUGAAUUUACGAACGAUAUGCAGAUUUUUCGGGAAAAGCACGUUUUUAAACUCAGGGGGCGCCGCAAAAAAAGGAUUCCGUCUUCAGAAAACUCAGAUUCAACGAGUGAUGAAAUUGCUCAUCUACCUCAAAAUAAAGGAACCCGGCCAAAGCUUAUACCAUUAUCAAUGGCAGAUCUGAUCAGCAAUUCACUUGCCAAAUCAUCUGAUUAUAAUUUGGUUGAUCAAAAAACUGGAGUUUCUCGUAUAAAAACACCUUCAAAAGGAUAUUGGUCAGACCAUGACGCUUAUACAUGUGUACCACAGAAGAAAAGUGGGCAAAGCUUGGCACCGAUUAAUUAUAAAACAUUCACUGGAGCUCAUAGACCAACCCGGAGUUACCGGCAAGAAUCUCCAUUAGUGGGCGAGACAUGGCUUGCCGAUCUUCCCACAAAUGGAUUGGAGAAAAAUAAAUAUAAAUUUAUUCCAACUCAACUGAGAACCCAACCAUUAAAUCUUCCAAAACCAGUCAUGUCACGACACAGACUAGAAUCGCUGACUCAGCUUGAUUUACGACACGACUCAUCAAAAAAAGAGUCCAAGAUCCAACAUGAGAUGACUUCUCUCUUCCAAUCCUCUUCACUUGAAAGAUCUCCGAGAGGAACAAAGAUCAUCGUGAAAGACAACACAACGUCACCUCAUGCCUCGUCACCAUUCAGAUCCAACCUCCUGACCGAUGAUCACAGAUAUUCACCUCACAGAGCAAUAGUUGGACAUGGAGAUGCCGUGUAAUAAACCACGUCCAGAAACCACAAUUUCAUCGUCAAAAAUGUCCAAUCCUGAAACGUCAGCCACGUGUAUGAUGUCACAAUCUUCUUUAUUGCACUUCAUUGUUAAGUUGUCGGAAACAAUUAACCUCCAUUUUAUAAUACGUUGGUCUAUGGAAACUGUUAC